CUGACAAAACACAUUGAUUUGUACAUUUGCAAUUUUGUACUGAACCACCGCCAUAUAUAUCAAAUCAUCCCCUUUUUACACCCAACAAAAUUCCAAACUAUACCUCAAGAAACACACCACAAAUCUUCACGUGAAGCUAGCUACCUCAUUCGAUUCAUCGUUAUCAUCAUCAUCAUUCUUUGUUGAUUCUAUUUCCAUGUCGCUUCAGGUUCCAACACCCACUCACACUAGCCACGUGGUGGUGGUGCCGUACCCAUCCCGAGGCCACAUCAACCCCAUGAUCAACCUCUCCAAGCUGCUGCUCUCUAAAAACUCCGACAUCCUUAUCACCUUCGUCGUCACCGAGGAAUGGCUCCCCUCCCUCUCCGCCGAACCGAAACCCGACAACCUUCGGUUCGGAGCCAUUCCCAACGUUGUGCCCAAGCUGGGUCGCUCCGGUGACAACUUUCUGAGUGUUAUUGAAGCUGUCAUGACCGAGAUGGAAGCGCCGCUUGAGAAGCUUCUCGAUCAGCUUCAGCCGCCAGUGACAUUCUUGAUCUACGAUGCUUUUCUCUUUUGGGCAGCCGGCGUCGGGAACCGCAGGAAUAUUCCGGUGGCGGCGUUCUGGACAACCUCCACGUCGGAGUUGUGGGUGCAGUAUUUCCACAUUUUCCUGCAAAACAUGCACUUAGAAAAAAAUGGUGAAAAGCUCAUAGAUUAUAUUCCUGCAACCUCCUGGGUUCGUCUAGCGGAUAUUCAUCUUCUCGAUGUCCAGAGUCAUCCGAUUUUGCAAUGGGUUCUGAAAAGCUGUCAAUGGCUUCGCAAUGCACAGUACCUGCUACUACCUUCAAUCUAUGAGCUCGAACCCCAAGUCAUUGAUGCCUUAAAAUCAAAAUUAACAAUACCAAUCUACACUAUUGGCCCAAACAUACCUUAUUGCAACAAGUCACUUUAUAAUCAAAGUGUUGGUGAUCAUAGUUACUUAGAUUGGCUAGAUUGCCAACCCUGUGGUUCUGUUUUGUACAUCUCAUUUGGCAGUUUUCUCUCUGUUUCCACUGCACAAAUGGACGAAAUUGCAGCUGCAUUGCAUGACAGUGGAGUUAGAUUCUUGUGGGUAACGCGUGGGGAGAAAGAGGUAAUUUCACUAAUUUGUGGUGGGACUGGAAUGGGAAUGGCUGUGGCAUGGUGUGACCAAUUGAGGGUGUUGUCACACCCUGCUGUGGGAGGUUAUUGGACACAUUGUGGGUGGAACUCUGUGAUAGAGGGUGUUUUUGCUGGGGUUCCUUUUCUGACAUUUCCCCUUGCUAUGGAUCAGUCUCUGAUUAGUAAGAUUGUGGUGGAGGAUUGGAAGGUAGGGUGGAGGGUGAAGAAAGAUGAUAGAUUGGAUGCUUUUGUGGGAAGAGAUGAGAUUGUUGUGCUGUUAAGGAAGUUCAUGCAUGGUGAUGCAGGGAGGGAGAUUAGAAAAAGAGCUAAGGAGCUUCAGUGUUUGUCACAGAAAGCGAUCAACAAAGAUGGGUCAUCUGAAAUUAAUAUUGAAGCAUUUAUGAAGAAUAUAGUAGAGAGUGCAGUGCCAAAGGAAGGAGCAAAGGGACAAGAAGUUGAAAUUGGUAUUCAGAAUCUCAAUUAAAUUGUUCUCUUUUGGUAAUAUGAUAAAAGCCCCAAGGGCUCUUUUCUACUAAGCCCAAGAGGACCAUCAAAAGGCCAAAGUGGCUGGACUAGUUCAUUUAACAUAGUUGGAAUUUUAAUUUAAUCACCACAUUUCCUUUUAUUUCAGUAUUCUAUGAUUUUCCCUGUGAGGAGAUGUUGCAUCCCUUGUUUGUCGGAAACAGAUUCAACAAUAUAUGUAGCUAUGAGU